AUGGCUCAGCUUCAAUCCAAAGGACCUCGGAGCCCUACGAAGCGCAUGUCGUUUUCGCGGCGUAGUUCUGACGACGAUUCGAGUGGAAUAACCUUCCAGAUGUUCGUCAACGGUGUUAAACAGUCUGGCCUGAUGAGCAACUCGGAUGCAAUUAAGCGUCGUCUUUUGGAGGAUUACGAGUUGAAUCGACAGAAGGAGGUCGAAUUUAAUGAGGCGUCGCUUACGUCGACUGGUCCUCCAUAUCCUACCCUGCCAUACUUUGAAGAACUUAGAGGAAUAGCUACAAACACAUUGGACAGACAUCGCAGCCUGCGCAAGCACAGCCAAAUCGGAACAGUCUACAUUCCUUCACAGCCCGUGGAUUCCUCCAUGACGCGAUCAGAAUAUAAUGACAGGAUUAUGGAUUAUCGUGGCAACUCAACAGUGGCAUCACGUGUUGUCACUGGAGGAAGAGGAGGAGGCGGAUUCAACGAUUAUUCCUCUGGUGGUUCCAUCUCCGCUGUAACUAGUCCAACGAUCUCCCGAGGAUUGAUCAAACCCACAGAACAUGCUAGUCCCAACUCGGUAAUUGAAGAGCUCCAAAGUCGAUUUCAGAACUCAACGCGGUCGAAGGAGAAACGACCGAUCCUGAAGAAUGCACCAGUAAAUGCGGAUUACGUGACACCGGUGUAUCAGCGUAGAAUAGCAACUGCUGGCAUUGCCACAACGACUCUGGCUUCUAGACCACAUCAUCAGUCGGAAUUGGUGUUACCAACAACAACAGCAGCUUCCUUUGAACAGCCUUUAAGGUCAAUCAAUAUGGCAUCUACGGUGCGGUUGGAUCCAGACCCUAAUGGAACACUAAGGGCUACAGAAGGCAGUGAUUAUCGCGGAGGCCCAAGUUUCCGACGCCUGCAGACCCUGUACGGCACAAACAUAAAUCAAAAGCGUUUUCCAUCCGACAACGCCCUUGACAUGACCUACCUGGAGGGGAAACCCCAGCAACCUAGCCCUCUGAGGCCGCGAUUCUUUGUGUCGGGUCGAAAGGCAGGCACGGUGAAAAUACAAGUUCGCAGUCGAAGUGAGCAGGCCAGUCCUACCAAUGGACCACCGAGCAGUCCUCGUCAAGCCUUCAGAGUCGCGUCUGCUGGAGGCGGAGGAGGAUUAAGAGGUGGAAGUGGUGUCACUUUCGACGAUCGUAUCCGCUCUAAGCAGGUCAUUCUUCCACAGGCCGCGCCAAUUCCAUCACAGGCGUCCAGCAGACGCCCCAAUACCUCUUCCUCAGUGGAUGGACCUCAGACUGAGGACGAUGAAAAUCUGGUGCUUCCAUCAGUACGAGAGAUAAUCCGACAAGUGGAGGAGAUGACAUUGAAGAACAGUUCCGCACACAACAGCACCACCUCGCUGUCCAGACAUCCUUACUACUCUUAUCAGCAGUCAGCCAGUCCUGGAUCAUCACAACAUAUGUCAAGGUCAAUUGCCCGACCAAUGAAUGCCGAGCAGUAUGGUGGUGCUGCAAAUCGAUCCCAAUCGGCCUCCUCGAUUCUGACCAAUGGAGGCGGCCUACCUAAGUUAAUGAAUCAUGACGGUGGCUACCAUGGAUCUGGCUCUAACCCCGAUGAUUUCUACGCUAACUCCUUCAGCCAAGGGUAUGCAACAACACGACGAGGCGACCUUGAUUCUGACGGCCGAAGAAACGCCACAAAUUCUGCCUUCCAUAUCCCACGGAAAGGGGAGCAGAUAACCACCCUUCCUCAGGACUAUCAGAAGUCCCCUGACACGCUUCUGUUCCAGUUGCUGGAAGCUUUUCUAGAGCAAAGGAGGCAAAUUCAACGAUUACGCAAGGAAAUCAUGGACAAGGAUAGACUGAUAGCCUCCUUGGAGAAGGACAUCCAUAUGUACGAACCGUGGCGUUGA